UAUUAUGGGAUGCAGGGACAUUCUUUCAGGGCAGCCUUCUGACCUUUUGAGAGGAAGCUCACAGCAGCCCUCAAUCCGCUCCCCAGGGACCUGCCCGCACCCCAGCCCCACCCGUCGGAGGCCUAGACCCGGAGCAGGCAGCUGACUUUUCCUACAGGGAGGGGCGGGUGAGUCAGGACCCAGUAGCUGCGGGACAAAGGUUGGGAGGGUGGGACUCGUCGGAAUUCCUGGGGCGGACAGGUUUGGCCGCCCCGAACCCGCCCUGCGACACUGCCAGCCCUCCGGGCCCUCGGGACGCACCUGCUCCGCACCACCAUGGAGUUCGACCUGGCAACAGCCCUGGACUCCACUUCCAAGAAGCCGGAGGGGGCAGGCCAGGUGAGGGACCCCAGGCACAGUCCCCCCAAAGCUCAGGGCCGGUCAGAGACAGGGGCACCUCCGCAACCAAGGCAUGGCGGUGGCAGCUCCUCAGACUCCAGCAGCAGCAGCAGCAGCUCCUCCAGUGACUCGGAUGCGGAGGGGAAGUCCCAUGCUGCCGGCUCCAAGCAGCACGAAGCCACCUGGGGCCAGGCCAAGAAGCUCAAAGUGAAGAAGAAAAAGGAGGAGAAGGGCAAGAAGUCCCCGCAGUGAUUAAACCUUCCCGAUGGUGCCGAGCGCUGCGUCUGCCUCCCGCCCCGCCGCGCUCCGCUCCCGCGGUCCGGCUGCCCCCUGCCGGGCGGCCGCGCCCCUGCCCAGCGCGCGUCCCAAGGACGGAGGCGGCCCCAGUCCAUCAGGCUUUAUUGUUUCGGUUGUGCAGCUGGAGAUCUCAGCACCUUGGGGAGAGGGGCGCGGGCGGCGGGCGACGACCCUGCCCAGACAGGCGGCCCAAGCGGGCGGAGAUGAGUGGCGGCAGCGCAGGCGCCGGGAGCGGUAGCUGGGGGCUGGGCGGGUGCCCUCACCGCACCAGGUGGAAGGUGAGCCAGUACAUGAGCAGGGGCUGCGCAGCCGCCACGGCCAUGGUCAGGUACAUGCGCAGCUGGUUCCGCGCCCCGCGCACUGGCACCCCUUCUGCUGCCGCCUCCGCCAGGAUCUUCAGCCGCAGCGUCCGGAUCUGGGUGGGGAGGGGACCGAGAGGGCACAGGGUUUACCUUGGUGCAACCAGCCUGUGAGGGAGGACUGGGCAUACUCUAGCCCCUUCCCUUAAGUACCCCGCAGCUUAGGACAAGAUCCUGCCCCUCUGCAGCCUCGGGUUCCAACUCCUGAGGGGCUCGGUGGGCAAAAUAUGAGGGUUCCAGACUCAAAUGCCAGGUCACAAUUUUUUUUUCUCUUGGUGCUGGAAAUCCAAUGCGGAGCCUCUCACAUGCUGGACAAGGCUCUUCCACUGUGCUACACCGGGCACCCUCCGGGAUGGCCAUCUUUAAAGACAAGCUAGAACCCCAGCCCCGCCCCCAAACCCUAAUCCCAGAUUGAACCCAGAGAUAGCCUACCAUUGAGCCAUACCCUCAACCGUUUUGAGACAAGGUCUCACUAUUGCCCAGGCUGGCCACUGGGCCACUGCGCCACGCCACUGCCUCCACCCCGCCCCUGCCUUGCAGAUAGGGUCUCCCUACGUUGCUGAGGCCGGUCUCCAACUUGAGUUCUUUCC